AUGUCUCGCAGCCUCCCCAAUAUCAUCAUUACGGGCACCCCCGGCACCGGCAAGACGAGUCACAGCGAACUGCUGGCUGAGCGGACGGGGCUCAGGCACAUCUCUGUCAACAAGGUGGUCAAGGACAAGGAAUGCCAUGAGGGGUGGGACGACGAGUUUCAGAGCUGGAUUGUGGAUGAGGAUAAGCUGCUUGACGCCAUCGAGGAAGACGCCAAGCAGGGUGGCUGCAUAAUAGACUGGCACGCGUGCGACCUGUUCCCCAAGAGCUGGAUCGACUUGGUGGUGGUGCUGCGGGCGGACACGGCGACGUUGUAUGAUCGCCUGAAGGCGAGGAAAUACUCCGAGGCAAAACUCCAGGAGAACAUGGACUCGGAGAUUAUGGAGGUGCUGCUCCAGGAGGCCAAGGAGUCGUAUGACGAGGAGAUUGUGGUUGAGCUGCAAAGCGUGGACACAGAUGGGAUGGAGAGCAAUAUUGAGAGGAUCGAGCAGUGGUUGGACCAGUGGAAGAAGAACAACGCCUCAUGA